UUUAUGCUUAUAUAAUAUUAAUAAUAUCUAUUGUUUUUUUUUUAAAAAAGAAACGAUUCGAUUCUAAAAUAAUUUUUAAUAGAAAAGCUCGAGAUGCUAGGGUAUUAAGUAGUCUCAGACGGUUUAGGAAAAUCUCAGGUUAGCUGAUAGCGACGGUGUCUCAAGAUAGUAACCAAUUCUAUUAGAAAGCAUUCUAGAGACCUAAAAGUUACUAGGACGACUUAUAUAGCAGCCUGAAUAGGGGCAACAGACGUUCUCUUUACUUCAUGGAUGAUAUUUCUUUUCUUCUCUUUUGCCAAAGCCCCCUUCUCUUCUUUCCGUUGGCCCACCUGAUGCGGUACGCUAACUUGUACUCUACUUUGUCAUCAGCGCCAAUGCAACGAGUUCCUCAAGCUUGGUCUCAUGGGCGUCACCGCCGUCAUUUCUAGCGGCGAUGCUGGCGUUAGCUCCCGAAACGGCCAGUGUUUGGGACCUCACCACGACGUCUUUGUAGCCGACGACUUCUGCGGGUGCCCAUACGUCUUGUGCGUCGGCGCUACCAAGCUCAACGCAAUUGAUAAACCCGAGGUUGCCGUCGACCGAUUCUCCUCUGGUGGCGGCUUCUCCAACAUUCACCAUCGUCCCUCGUACCAGAACCAUGUGCUAGACAACUAUCUCCUUCGCCACAACCCCAACUACCGCUCCUACAACACGAGCGACGAUCUCAUUCCCGACAACGAGGGCAUCUACAACCGCGGCGGUCGUGCUUUCCCCGAUAUCUCCGCACUUGGACAAGAGGGCGCUGUCGUCACAAAUGGCAUGUUCCAGCUAUCCGGUGGAACCUCCAUGUCCUCGCCAAUCAUUGCUGCGAUCAUCAACCGCAUCAACGAGAAGCGGCUUAGCAUCGGUAAGGGCCCCGUGGAUUUCGUUAACCCUGCGCUCUACAAUAUGACUUCCAAGAAGCAAAAGUAUCAGGACUACUUCAACAACGUCACCUCCGGCGAUCAGAGCCUCAGAGGAAUCGGCAGUGACCGCUUCUACAGCUCUUGCGGUAACAAAGGAUUCUCCUGUGUCGAGGGCUGGGACCCUGUCACCGGUCUUGGUACUCCUCGCUACGACCGUUGGGAGGAAUAUUUUGUCAAGCUUUAAGCGGACGGGCCUACUAAAGAGCCGACAGAUAGGUAACUUAUGUGUAAAUAGAAAAAUCAUGGGUAAAAGAAAUAGAGGCAACGGAUGCCAUGACUAUAUACCUCUAUUUAUAGCAACCCCUUUUACCUAAGUUAUAUACUAUAAAAUUCGACUAUUAUGCACGGACAUGAUUUACCAUACUAUUAGUUUAUAUAAAUAUAUAUCAAGAUAUCUGCGUUAAAGAAAUGAGCCAUUAGUUUCUAUUAUGAGGGCGGAUGCGUCU